AUGGCACCGAGGAAGGCCGCCAGCCCAGGGAAGCCUCGCCGCAUCACCCGCGCCCGAGCAGCUGACGCCGACAUCGACACCACCGUUACGGCAAACGUUCAAGAGACAUCGAGACGCCGAACCACCAAAGCUUCCUCGGCCGUUCCUACCACGAGUCGGGCGCGGGCCCUGGAAGCGAAAUCCCGAGUCACCAAGAAAUCGACAACGGCGGCAGCGAGUGCAGCGACAAAGGGCGGGCGAGUAAACACGAGGUCUGCCAAAGCGGUGCCUCCUGUGGAAGAGGAUAGCAGUGUCCAUGAGGUCGAAGGAGUGAUGGAAGUCGCGGUUGCUAAACCCCCAGUCAAGCCGUCGAGGACAUCUGUGCGGACCACGGCAAACACAACAGUAGCAGCGAAUGCCGGUCUCGCAGCCGCGCCUAGGCGACGGAUAAAAGUCACGCCCCUGGUCCAGAACGAGUCUCAGCCUGAGCCUGUCGCACCGCCGCCUGUGGAAGAAGUCAAGCCGGAAAAGAAGCCAUCUAAGAGGGCGAAGAAAGAGAAGGCUGUCCCCGUCGAAGCAAAGCCAUCUACUUCACGAGGUAAGAAAGAACUUGCUCUUCCAAAACCGGCCGAAGAUGUGAACACGGAGAGGAUGCUGCCGGAACCGAAGAAACGAGGAAGAGGUCGAGCGGCGAAGAAUGAGUUAGAGCUGGACGAAGAACUCCCGUCGGCACCCGCGAUUACAUCAACCAAGUCGCGAGGGAGGCUGAAGAAAGAAAAAAUUCCUUCACCAUCAGUGGAAGAAACAAAGCCCGCGCCCGUCACCACUAGGCAGACUCGAGCGAGAGCCGGAUCCACGAACUCAUCCGUUGUCGCAGACCCUCCGAUCGCCAAUGUGAUACCAAAGAAGAAGGUCACUUUCGAGGCUCUCCCCGAGGAUAACGAUGAGAAAGAGAACAAACGUCCCAGAACCAUGUCCAAGUCCAAGAGCACAAAGUCACAAUCGGCUGCCCCCAAGAAGACCGAGACCGCAGCCACCGGCAUGCGUGCUAAGCCGAUCCGAAAGCCUGUCAAUACUAGAACGACGAAAGCCGCUCGAGGAGCUGCUGCUACGAAAGCGCUGGGAUCCAGAGCUGAAGCAGAGGUCGAGAAAAAUGAGAAGAUCCAGGCUCGCGCGUUGACCCCCAAGAAAAUUACCCAGGUCGCCAAGGCAAUGCCCGUAGACAGUGAUGACGAUGAGGACGAACUUGCCGGAGCUAAGACCCCAGUCCGCGAUCUCAGCCUCUCGCCCAAGCGUGGACUGGUCGCUUCGGCGACACGAUUGUCGUCGCCGGUCAAGAAACUUGACUUUUCGCCCGCGCUCCACCUAACAUCACCCCAGAAGAACGACGCAGGAGGGGCCUUCGGCAUGCUGAGUCCACCGCGGCGGCCGGCUUCUCCGGCCAAAGACUUAUUGAAGGAGUCCCCCCGAAGAGCGCCAGAGGGCGUCACAAUUUUUCGAGCCCAUAUUCCAGACGGCCAGAACUCUGCUCCCUUGAUCCUGGACCCUUCCAAUGCCCAAUCCCUCCUUCAGCAGUCUCCAAAGAAAGGUUUGACUGAUAGGAUCGUCUUCCCACCAUCAGCCGUCAAGUCGCGAACCACCCCACUGAAGACCUCUUUGUUCUCUUCACCUGCCAGACGCCUCUUCUCAACUUCAAAACAGAAGACCCCCGUUCAGGCAUCGCCCUUUCUAGGGAAGAUGUCCGACCGAGAAAGCUCAGUACCACUGGCCAAUGGCGACGGGAGGCUGCAAAGUGAAGAGAGUAAUGCAGUUGCAGUGUCGUCUCAUUUCAGAUCUUCCGUUUCACCUCAGCGGUCUUCAAGGGUGUACAGGCUGAGCGAGGAUGAGUCGGCUCAGGAACUGGACGCUGAAGUGGACUUCGACGAGUCCGUGUUAAACAUCAGAAGUCCUCUCAAGGUGGACAAGGUCAAGCCUGUUGUGGAGGAUGCUGUCGAGAAAAUAGCUUUGAACGAUCCGCCUGUUCAGAGCAAUGUUUACCAAAGCAUGGAAGCUGAAUUCUUGGAGGUUGGUUCGGUCGAUGAAGCCGUUCCAGCUACGAUAGCUGACAUCACCGAGACUGCCGUGGAUCCUGAAGUCGAAUCUGAAGACUCCUGUGACGAGGAGGAAGUAACGGACACCGUUGAGCUGUGUGACAUCGAGACUCACGAUGCUGAAGAUUGUCAGCAAGCUGAGGCGAACUCUGUCAAGAAACCCAGAAUUUCGGACGCCCUAUUCAGUCGCCUUAGACAAAUCGAUGACGAGUCUGAGGAUGAGCUCGCUGGAGAUCAGACACCAGACAACCGAUUCCUCAAAUCCCACUCCCAACCUAGCAUGAGCGCUGCCAGAAUCCAAUCUCGUCUCUCCACUGGAGUUGUCCCGGAAAGCGCAUCGAAAAAUCUGGGCUUCACUCCACUGGCAGCACAAGUCCAAGGAUGGCGAGCUGCCAGUCCUGAGAAGAGAUCCGGGGCUGUUUCCAAGUUGCGGGGCCUGUUUUCGCCUGUCGCUCAGAUGCAUAUUGCGGGCUCAGUGGAGCUCAGCCGACCAGAUACCCCAGGUCGUGAAGCUUCGACACGAAAGACGAUGGCGAGCAGAUUUUCUCUAGCUCCUUCCAUUGCUGAGAGCCCUGCCAAGGCUGACUUUUUUUCGGAAGGUAUGGCUGCGCAAGAUUUUGAAGAUCAAGUCGAAGCAGACACUGCUGCCGCUGCAAGAGAUGACGACCUUCAUAACUUCAUUCCGCGAGCUAUCCCGGAAGAUAAUGCUGCUGGCGAAGUCGGCGGCGAAGUCGAAGCCUUAUCGGGAGAAGAUAUGGGAAAGUCAAGCGUGGAGUUGACGACCGAUCUGGUUAAUUUUACCAAUGCGUCUGAUACCGCCAUGGUCGAUUUCAAGGCCCUGGCGGACGAAGCUGAAGAUCUUGCAGCCCAAAAAGAGCAUGACGAGGAAGCCACUCCCCAUGAGCAGGCUAAUGUUACCAUCCCCACGCUUAUGCUCGAGACGGUAAAUGAAGAGCAAUCUAUGCUAUCAGUUUCGACUUCUUCCAGGUCAUAUGGGGAUGAAAACACCGCUCCCAUCGAGCAGCCGGCGGCAGAUGAUCCUGAUACAGAUGAAAUGGAGGAGUUUCCUGCUGAGGAAAGCGCAGAAUGCCACGCCGAUGUGAGUAAUGAUUCUGAAGAACAUCAUGGGGAGGACGAUCACGGCAUACCUGGGCAUACAGAGGGAGACGAAGCCGCCAUGGACUCCCUGGACGCAAACGGCCAGUUGUUUGAAGUCACAGCAGCCAGCAUAGAGGCCUCGCUGUCGAAGCACGAGCACACCUCAGUCAAUGUCGACUAUGCCAUUCAAGAAAUGGAUUUCAGUGUGACGCCGGUCCGGCCAGAUCCAGGUCUCCCAAGAUAUGUUCAUACUGUGGUGUCAAAGGUUCCGCUUCGGCCUGAAGGAGCAGUCGCUUCCCCUCCGUCGCCACUCAAAGUGCAGAGGAAAAGACCAAGGUCGCUCUCUUCUUCUCAUGUACAACCUGCCAAGAGACGUAGUUUGGGUCCGAGCUUGGAAGUUCCCUCAUUCGACGUCGACCCUCUUGCAACCCCGAAGGCAAACGGCGCAUCGGUCAUGUCGCCUCAGAGGCGCAUGCGGAGUGCAGCACCCAGUCCCGCAAAUUCACUCGCCACGGGUUUGACGACACCUGGUCGUUUGAGCUUUACCGUUGAGGACUUCGGAGAUAGCACGCUUGAUGGAAUCGACUUACCCGAGGAGGAAAUGACGUCUGACGAUGUCGAGGAGACGGAAAUUGCUGAUCAAGAUGACAGCGUCCUGACUAUGGGCUCUUCCUUGUGCAAAACGCCGGCCGCCGCAACGAAGAGACGCAGCAUUGUUCCUUCUACUGUACAGUCAAAUGCAGCCACGACUCCUCGCAAUGCGACGGGCACAAAGGCAAGCGCGAGGCGGAUCACUGCUACUCCGAAAUUGACACCCUCAAAGGUAGCUGCGUCUACGUUCAAGACGCCUACCAUCACCACCAAAGCUAAGACUCCAAUCACCUCAGCGAACCCAAAGUCUGCGGCGAAGACUCUACAAACGAGCCGAACACCGUUGAAAACGGUCGGAAACGGGGUUCUUCAUGGUGCAAUUGUUCAUACUGACAUCCACACCAGCGAAGGGAUGGACGCUUCGGCUUUUUACAUCGACCUGCUAGCGUCCAUGGGAGCGCGGGUGGUCAAAGAGUGGAGGUGGAAUCCCAGAGUGAGCAUUGGUCCCUCUAGCCAGGAGUCCGCUGGCUCGGAAGCACCAAUUGCGAACAUUGGCAUCACACACGUCGUUUACAAGGAUGGUGGGAAGCGCACGUUGGAAAAGGUCCGCUCGGCCAAAGGCCAAGUUCUCUGUGUAGGCGUUGGCUGGGUUCUUGACUGCAUGCGGGAAGCCAAAUGGCUCGAUGAAUCCGCGUACGCUGUCGAUGCAAGUAUUAUGCCCCGAGGUGGAUCCAGGAGACGCAAGUCUAUGGAGCCUAGAAUGCUCGUCAACGACAACGGCUUUCUGUCUGCGAGCAAGGAGCACCAGCGACGAAGCCUCUCUGCGGAGUCUGCGGGCUUGACUGGGGAGAUGAAAAUGGAGUUGGUCAACACGCCUGUCAGGGGAAUGGAGGUGGUUGGGAGUGUCGAGCAUACUGGAAACGGUGUCGAGGUUGGAGACGAGUCGGAGAUUAGUUCGACGUACAACUCCCCAACUGCGGCGACGGUCUGGGGAGGUGGUGACACUGCCAACGUGGGCCUUCUGAUGGUCCAGCAGGACGCUGAGACACCUGCAUCAGCCGUGUUUAAGAAAGUGACUACGGAUUUGUCGACGCCAAAGUCUGUGUCUUUGAAAGUGGACUACGACCCACGCACAGCAGCCACACCGUUGACUCCGUACCGCGUUGCCAAGAGACGAGAGCUGGUGCAAAUGAGCGCCCCACCAAAACAGAUCAACAAGGGCAUCUUUGAUCGUGAUGACGAUGAUGACGAUAGCGCUGCAGGGGAGAAAGGACGUGCCAAUGGUGGGAAGAAGUUCCAGGUAAAAAUGUAUGGGAGAUCAGACAGAGGGUCGUCGGAUGCUAGGAGGAAGACCCUCGGUGUGGGUGUUGCGGGACCGGGCUUCAAGCCUCGGAUUGGGAGUCCAUUGAGGAAAGAGUGA